UACCACCAACUUAGUGAACAAUUUAAUAGUGACACCACAAUACAAAAAUAUAAUCAUAGAAUGAAAUAUGGUUGGUCUUGGUGUUGUGUUAGAAGAAGCUGAACCAAAGAAAAAUAGUAGCAUCAACAUCAACAAGAAAAACACUCAUCAAGUUAUUAACAAAACCACUAUGAAUAUGCUUACCACUAUCAACAACAACAACAACAAAAAUUCUUCACUUUCUUAUCCUUCUUCUCACCAUUUUCCUUUUCAGAAAUCUACUUUUCUUGACCAUUGUUUUCUAUGCAACAACAAGCUCUUACCUGAGAAAGAUAUCUACAUGUACAAAGGGGACAGAGCAUUUUGUAGUGUGGAUUGUAGGUGCAAGCAUAUUUUAAGGGACGAGGAAGAGGCUAUUGAGAAGAAGAAAUGUUCUUUGGAAUUGGAUUAGAGGGUUUUUUUUUUUUUUUUUGAAGAGUGACACUAGAAAUGGGGUGGAGGGAAUUUUUUUAGGGAUGGUAUUGGUAAUCCAGUUUUUCACCCAUGGUUUAAGUUUUGUAAUGACCUAAGGACCCUUUGUCCUUUAUUUUGCUUCCUAGUAUGAAGCCAAAAUGUCCUUUCACAAUUUAAUUAUUUUGGGUCCAUCCAGUAAUAUGAGGGGCAUUCUUUAUGGUUGUGGUGGUUCUUACUAUGCUUUCACUUUUUUUCUUUUGGUACAAAAUGCUUUAACUUUC